CUCGAAGGGCAUUGUGUCUGGUGAGAAGCUAGGAGACCCAGAUUCUGCUGCUGACGCUUUAGAGCAGCAGGGUGACAAUGGGGAACACCAAGAGUGGGGCUCUUUCAAAAGAGGUCCUAGAAGAUCUUAAAGCAAACACAAGGUACUCAGAUGAUGAACUCUGCAAGUGGUAUGAGAGUUUCAGCAAGCAGAGCCCCAAUGGCAAAAUCACUCGCACAGAGUUUGAGAAGAUCUACGCCAAUUUCUUUCCCAAUUCUGAUCCCAAGAGCUACGCCAGGCACGUGUUCCGCAGCUUCGACACCAAUGAAGAUGGUACCUUGGACUUCCGGGAGUACAUCAUUGCCCUGCAUCUCACUUCUUCUGGGAAAACCAGCCUCAAGCUAGAGUGGGCAUUUUCCCUGUUUGAUGUAGACAAGAAUGGGGAAAUCAGCAAGGUCGAAGUGCUUGAAAUUAUUACAGCAAUUUUCAAGAUGAUCCCACCAGAAGAGCAGAAGAACCUGGCAGAUGAUGAAAAUACCCCACAAAAAAGAGCAGACAAGCUAUGGGCCUACUUCAAAAAGAGUGAUGAUGCGAAAAUCGCCGAGGGAGAAUUCAUUCAGGGCAUUAUGAUGAACGACGAGAUCAUGAGACUUAUUCAGUACGACCCAAGAAAAAAAUAAGCAGCGACUGGUGGAGGGAGAAGAGGGGGAAGCCCAAGCGAAUGCCAAUAAAGAUCGGUGUGUGUUUGUGAGACUUCAAUCUUCUUUACAUUCAAGAAUACAAGGAAUAAAGUCUAAUGAUGUGUUGGUGGCAGAUCAAAGCACCAGUGCAACAAACUUAGCCAGACAAAGCUUCUGGCCUAUAUGGCACAAAUGGUUAAACCAAUAGAUGAUUUAUUUCAGUUACAGUUUAUUCACAUAUUAUGUUUCAUUCCCUGUUAUAUCAAAUGUAUGAAAUAAAAAGCCUCAAAUAAUAAA